AUGACAUCUAAUUAUGUUGGUAACGGCGGAGUCGGCGGAAAUCAAUCUGCUCAUGCUAGUUCAUUCGGAGGAAAAAGUGCAGGAAUGACUGGUGGGCCAGGUACGGCUGCACCAACAAAUAAUAAUGGUGGAGCAGCUCCAACAACAGCUACACAACCAACACAAGCUGAGCUCAGUUGUUGGGCCGAGUCAGCAUGUGUAAAAUCUGGAGUUGGGAAUGCAGCAUUUGCAAAAUCACAUGGCAGUAAGAUAUUAUGUAUUGAUCCCCCAAAAAAUCAAAUUUUGUCCAGGUUAUUUUCGUGCUCCAACAAAUGGUGGCGGACAAAGAGGUGUGUCAUCAACUCAUCAGACACAAAUUGGUGGAGGCACAAGUGUGUCACAUGCAGCUCCAACAUCUGCUUCACACGCAGCACCAACAUCUGCCUCACAUGCAGCUCCAACUUCUGCUUCACACGCAGCACCAACAUCUGCCUCACAUGCAGCUCCAACUACUGCUUCACAAGCAGAACUCAGUUGUCAUGCCAGAUCAGCAUAUGUAACGUCUCGUGUUGGAAAUGCAGCAUUCGCAAAAUCAAAUGCUAGUAAGUUAUUAUGUCUCAUCAAUGGCCGCUGUAUUUUCAUUGUAAAAAAUGGCGAAAGCCAUAUUUGAUUUCGAGUCCUCCAAAAAACUAAAUUUUUCAGGCUACUUUAGUGUGCCAAAUAGUGGCGGAAAUGGAGGAGGCGCAUCAUCUUAUAUGGCACCUGGUGGAGGAAGCGCAGGAGGACAAUCAAAUUAUGUAACACUUAAACCAGUUGGCGGAGAGACCGUGGCUACAAGUGCGUCACAUGCAGCGCCAACCUCUGGUUCACAAGCAGCACCAACUUCUGCAUCACAAGCAGACAACAGUUGUUACGCCGCGUCUGCAUGUAUAAAAUCUGGUGUUGGAGAUGCAGCAUUUGCGAAAUCAAAUGCUAGUAAGUUAUUAUUUGUCUACAGUGGUCAUCUCUGAUGUAGAGACCUCCUAAAACGACUCAAUUUUCCAGGUUACUUUCGUGUGCCAACAAAUGGUGGGGGAGGCGCAUCAGCUCAUAUGCCACCUAACGAUGGCGGAGGUAGUGCAGGAGGACAUUCAAAAUAUGUGACACUUGCACCGGUUGCACCGGUUGGUGGGGAGACCGUGGCCACAAGUGCGUCACAUGCAGCGCCUACAUCUGCAUCGCAUGCAGCUCCAACAUCUGCAUCAAAAGCAGCUCCAACAACAGCUACACAACCAACACAAGCUGAGCUCAGUUGUUGGGCCGAGUCAGCAUGUGUAAAAUCUGGAGUUGGGAAUGCAGCAUUUGCAAAAUCACAUGGCAGUAAGUAUUAAUGUAUUAUUCCACAAAAAACUCAAUAAUUUUCAGGUUAUUUUCGAGCUCCAACAAAUAUGCCACCCAAUGAUGGCGGAGGUAGUGCAGCAGGAAAAUCAAAGCAUGUGACACUUGCGGCAGUUGAUGGAGAAACCGUAGUCAGUGCAACACAUGCAGUGCCAGCUUCUCAUGCAGCUCCCAAAAAACAAGGUUCUCCGGUGUCGGCUUUCACGACUGUAGAUGGAGGCAUACCACCACCCAAAUCUAACACCAGUACGAAGAUAUUUUCUUAUAGAGGUUGUUACUAAAAAAAUUCAAUUUCAGGUUACUUCCGUAUGCCAACAAACUCUGGUGGCGGAACAUCACAUAUGGGACACGCAGGUGGCGGAACAUCUAAAAUGGGACACGCGGGUGGCGGAACAUCUCAUAUGGGACACGCUAGCGGAGGAAAUACAGUCCACCCAAAAUCGCAUGCCAGUAAGAUAACAGAAUAAUUUUCCCCACAAUAAGUUCAUUAUUUUAAGGUCGCAAGCCAAGUAAACCUAGUAGUGAUGGUGGUGGACAAGUUGCAAUGCCUGCCGGAGAACCAGGAGCUCACUCAGCUUAUGUGACUCCGAAUCCUGGCGGAGGAGGAACCGAUUAUGGUGUUGGCGGGGGGAUUCAAUCGCAAUACGCAGGACCACGAUGA